CAAGAUUGCAUGGUUAUGUAGAAACUUUGUUUGGCAGGAGAUGCUUUGUGAGAGACAUAAAUAAUACAAUUCCUUAUGUAAGACAAUUUGCAGAAAGGGCAGCAAUAAACGCACCACUGCAAGGCACCGCCGCUGAUAUAAUAAAACGUGCGACGAUUCAGCUUUUUGACCAAUUAAAAGUAGGUAAAAUAAUCCUCCAGGUUCACGAUGAACUACUGGUUGAAGUAGAAGACGAAAAGGUACAAGAAACAGCAAAACUUAUGAAAGAUAUAAUGGAAAAUGCAAUAGAAAUUUCUGUACCACUUGAAGUAGAAAUAAAAGUUGGCGACAACUGGGGUCUAAAUUCCCUUAAUUAUGACUUAAACAUCGUGAAUUCUAGGAGUAUAAAUCAUUUGAACUAAUACGAAAAAUAUGUUAGAAUAGAACAUAGCAAAUGCAAAUAGGUCAGCCAUGACAGGCCCACAAGUAAAAAGUUCAAAACCUCCAAAGUUACCUACUCAGGUAACUAACGAAGAUGAGAAAAUUUUUGAAAAAGAGGAACAUCAGGUAAUCCAUGAUGCCUUUAUACAAUUGCUAAAAAACAAAGUACAACCUAAAGAAUUAAAGGAAGAUGACGAGGCAGUACUCGCUUUCAUGCUAAGUCAGAAUCAAAUUAUAUUCAAUAAUGUCAAGCUAGAAGAUGUAGAACCACUCAGUGAAGAGAAUUUUUCUCAGUUUUUACUUUCCGUAUUUGAGAAAAUUAGAGAGAAAAAAUUAGCUAAUGAGGAGAAUCUCAAGAAUGGUAAAAUAAAAGAAGUAGUAGAUGACUGUGUAGCUGAUAUACGCGGUACAGAAGCUAAAGAUUCAUCCAUAAAGUUUGUAUUGGAAAUGCUGCUGCUGCUAAUUGGAGGGAUCAAAAUAGACCCGAAAAAUAUUUCUGGCUCCUUUAUGGAUGGGAUGAAAGAAAAAAUACCAUUCUUAGGUAAAGAUAAAAAAGAAGAGGAUGAACCACCACUCAGUGAUGAAGAGAUGGUAACAACGUUCUUAAGCAAGAUCUUUUUUCCUGUCCUUCUUUCCACUAUUCCAAUGUUAAUUUUUGGUCCUACUACACUCGGAGUAGUUCUUACUGCUAUCGGCACAAUAUUUGCCAUAAAAGGAGGAGUGGAGGUUCUUUUUUCAAAUGACAAAAAAGGUACUUUGUAUAACCCUCAUUCACGGGAUGAAAAGGAAAGAAAAGAAUGGGGUAAUGAAAUUAGCGAUGGCAUCAAUAAAAUUUUAGGAACCCCAGUCGAGAAGGCUAAAGGGAGUGAGCAACCCAUUUCUGUUUCUGAACAAAUUUCCCAAGGAAAAGAAAAGAGUGAACAACAACCUGUUCCUGAGCAAAUUUCCCAGAGAAACAACAGGGAAAACGAAAAGAGUGAGCAGCGCGAUCAAUCUUGGACAGGAAAGGAAAACAAACGAAGGGAAGAACCACAGAGCAGCAAAGCACAUACAACAGGAGUAUGGUCAGACGGAUUUUCUAGCUUACGCAAUCUAUCAUCUAUGUAGCAUGUUUCCAAUUUAUCUACAGCUUGUGGUGAUAACAGCAUAUAAUCUAUUCGCAUUCCUUGAUUAUUUCUGAGUGAAUUGCCUUGAUAAUGCCACCAAGUGAAUUGUUGCAAAUUUGGGUGAGAUAUUCUAAACGCAUCUUUAAACCCAAGAUUCAAGAUCGCUCUUAACUUCUCACGUUCUCUUAUAUGAAAGCACACUUGGCCAUUCAAUAAGUUUGAAUCAAAGACAUCAAUUUCAUCCGGUGCAACAUUAUAAUCGCCAGCUAUAAUAGUUAACUCUUCAUUCUUUAACAAAGUGCUCAUCCUUUCAUAUAGAUUAUCAAAAAACUUGAGUUUAUAUUCAAAUGCUUGAGAGUCCGGGCUUUGACCGUUUGGAACGUAUACACUUCCCACCCUUACCUUCUGAUUAUUGUGCUUUAUUAUGCACUCUAUAUAACGCGCUUCUUGAUAACCUUCUACAAUGUCAAUUUUAAACUUUUCCAGUAUUGGAUAUUUAGAUAAAACACAAACGCCAUUUCUUGCAACUUGUCCAUAGAUAGCAUAUUCAUAUCCUAACUUUUCUAUCUCUGCAUAAGGAAAUUGCUCUUCCGUACAUUUUAUCUCUUGCAGCAAAACUAUAUCUAUCUGACUAUCAACUAUAAAACUACAAAGUUGAUUAACUCUUUUACGUAUGGAGUUUACGUUCCAAGUUGCAAUCUUUAGCAUCAGCAAUCCUUAUUAAUUAUAUCAAUUAAACUCUCCCCAGUAGGCAACCUCGAUGUUAUAAUUUUUUUCCACUUGAUUAACUUUAAACUAUCAGCAAUGUUUUUACUCAUGGUAUAUGCAACUGUAUUAUUCAUCACAUGAGAUAGCCCACUUUUUAGAACUAAUGAACAAAAUACCCUUGCUGUCUGUGAGGAAAAAAAAGCAACGCUAUCAAUUUUACCAUCCAACAGUAAAUUUUUACACCUAUUAGUUAGACUCCUUUUAAUGAUUGUUUUAUAGAGUACAACUUCUCUUACGUUAAAAUCUUCUUCAGAUAAUCUCUUUUUGAGGUCACAUGA